AUGAGGGAGUCUAAGAUCCAGAAUGCAGCAGAUGCUGGAACAGGUUUUGAUGCUGCCUCGUCAAACGAACCGACAAUGAACACACCCGCCAUUCAAACGAAUAUGACUGAUCGAUCACCAAUGACAUCUGCCAUUUCAAAGGGACGACCUACAGAUUCAUCAUCUUCCGACAGAACUCCUCCACGAGCGGAAGCUGUGGCUUUGGCUGCAAUGCAAGAAGCGGCAACGAUUCUCAUGGAAGCUGAUCAAAAGAAGCGUUCUGCAGAAGCGCUACCGCAAUCGUCGUCCACAACAAAUACCACCGACAACCAUGGAAACAACAACAGUAGCAAGCGGGCAAGAACGUCCUCUACACGCAUUCCAUGGGCUACUAGGCUUGAGCAGCUGAAAGAGUAUAAGAGGGAACACGGUAAUCUAUUGAUACCAAUUCGAUACAAGGCUAAUCCAUCUCUUGGCAAGUUUGUGCAUAAUACUCGUGAACAAUACAAAAUUUUUACAAAGGUAGAACCAGAAGGUUACAAAAAGCGGUGUUCCCUUACCGCUGAACGCAUUCAACAGCUAAAGGCGUUGGGAUUUGUAUUCUCUACCGAAAGAUCCAAGCUCGAAAGUGAAGAUUGGGCUGGGCGGCUGGAACAGCUCAAAACCUACAAAGAUAAAAAUGGUGACACUCUUGUCCCUCACGGGUACAAACCGGAUCCUAGCUUUGGGGAAUGGGUUCACCGUCAACGAACGGCCUACAAUACUCAUAUGAAGAAUCCAAAGCCAAACCCCCUAUUGGAGGGACGGAUUGCCAUGUUGAAGGAGGUGGGCUUCAACUUUACGGUCCACAAUGACAAGUGGAUGGAACAGUGGGGUCAGCUUAAAGAAUAUCGUAAAAAGCACGGGGAUUGUCUAGUUCCAACCCACUUUACAGAAAAUCCUAAGCUAGGACGAUGGGUCCACACCCAACGGCACCAGAAUCGGAUGCGUCUCAAAGGAAAGAAGUCCUGCAUGACAAUUGAUCGAUUUGAGCUAUUGAAUCAACUUGACUUUGCUUGGGUCGUACGCGCAACUCUGGAACGACCUCGUGCUACCUGGCAACAAAGAUUUGAAGAACUUGUUCAGUUCCAUAGUUCCAACGGUCAUUUCAAGGUUGACGCUAUGAGUAUGCCUCAGCUAAACAAGUAUAUUUUGGAUCAAAGAUAUCGGCUGCGUCUACUUAAGAAGAACAAGGGUAAGGACGUUACGAAACGAAUGGGACCUGAUAGAGUCAAGGCUUUGUCGGAGAUUGGAUUUACUUUUGAGACAGUGGUCCUCGACAAAGAGGGUGCAAUUUGUGACUCGGCAAGGGAAGAAAGGAUGGACGAGAAGGUGGCGGUGGGAGCUCAAUCCAGUUGGGGGUCGGAUAGGGCUUUGCUGCGAGAAGCAGCACCAGAAAAGUGCGUCUGA